UCUAGAACGCGCUGGACCACACGUCACUUCCGCUCCGAAAAAGAUGACCGUGUGAGAGUUUUUUGUUGGUAGUGUUGACACUCAGAAGUAUUAUCCGGUGGCUAAACAAGUUAUAAACAUAUUUGUGUGCAUAACUUGUAUAGAUCGUGUGUGUGUGUGUGUUCGUGUAUAUCCCCAACAGCCCCAUAAAAAACAAACCUAAUAGAGUGAGUCAAUAACAGUGUGCUUCUGUGUGACUCCCUGGGUGGAGACUGACAGCUACUCCCAAAACACAGACAAACACAGCUUCACCUUCAGCGGCCGCGCCUGCACACACAAACGCCUCCCUGUUUGCGCUACUUUUCUGUGUUCCAGUAUCUACUGCACAUUCGUUGAAGAGGAUUAUUCUUACGAAAUACGAGAGAUGAGUCAGGCAGAGCAGGUGCCUGAGGACGCACCUGCAUACCUCAACAAUGAGCCAGUAGCUACAGAUAAUAACAAGGAUCACCCUCAGUCACCGCCGGGCAUGUUGGGCCGAUUGGCGGGGGGCUUGUACGGAGCCACAAAGGGAGCAUUAGGAGCAACAGUGGGUGGUGUAACCUGGAUAGGAGGAAAGAGUCUGGACCUCACAAAAACCACCAUCAGCACUGUAGCUGCCGUCCCUGCCAUGGGAGUGGGGCUGGUCAAAGGAGGGGUGUAUGCUGUAGCCGGAGGAGUGACGUCUGUUGGCUCUGCAGUGGUCAGCAAAGUUCCCAUAGGUGGAGGGAAAAAGAAGGACAAGUCUGACUGAGAGGAAAAGCAGGAGGAUGAAUCCACACCUGGGUCGUGUGAUCUUGCAUGUUCUGGGGAAUGUAAUAUGUAUGAUGCUCUUAUAUGCUUGACAGACAUCUCAUGUUAUUACAAUGAUGCAUCGUUUCACAAGGCACAAAUUCAGGAAGACUGCCUGACUUUUUGUGUUCGUGAAAAUGUAUGUAAUGUAAAUCCUAAGUCUCUGAUUCAAAUGCCCAUGCAUCAUUUUUAACAUGAGCCACAAUGGUAUUUUCCAACAGUUAAACCUUUUGCUUUAAUUCACUAAAGCACAGAGAGCAACCCAGACUGCACUUAAAUGUGACUUGCGAGACAAUCAGUAAUCAACUAUAACUGACAUCAGGUGUUUGCUGACAGUAUUUACCAGCAGCUAACAAACACCCAAGUGCUACUGGUACGGUGAAGCUGUAAAUGUUUGCAUGGUAAGCUCACUCAAAAUUCAAAAGUUUUUUAGUCACAAUUUUUGUACUUUUGACUCUAACGUCUAACAGAUUGCUUGUGGCUGGAUAUCUGAAUGAGUGUUCACACAGUACCGUACUUGCCUAUUCUCUUUUAAAUAGUUUAUCUCUGUUUAUCUGAUCGAACCAAACGGUAUGAAUCUAAAGCUGGAUUUUAAGACACUGGUUAUAAUUAUCAAACAUUAUUAAAGCUAUACCUGUUAAGCUGAAUAGGCUGCAAACUAACUGGAAGUAGUAUAUUGAAGUAUAUAGCAUAACAUAAUAUACAGAAAUGAUGCAAAAGCUUAUAUUUCAAUUUUACAAUAAUGCAUUGCAAAAACAUCCUUCUCUUACUAUGGUGAGACUUAGACUGUAUUGUAGCCAAGGUUGUAGGUGUUUCUGAAGAACAGGCAGUAUGAAUCUGUAUAGCAUCACAAGAAAAUAAAGGUGAUAUACGGCA